GGUCAGCUGAUCGCGUCCUUCCGGCGGCGCGGCGGGGCCCAGCCAUGCGGAUUGAGAAGUGCUACUUCUGCUCGGGGCCUAUCUACCCGGGACACGGCGUCAUGUUCGUGCGCAACGACUGCAAGAUAUUUAGGUUCUGCAAAUCAAAAUGCCACAGAAACUUCAAAAAGAAACGAAAUCCCAGAAAGAUGAGGUGGACCAAAGCAUUCCGGAAAGCAGCUGGCAAAGAAUUGACAGUGGAUAAUUCGUUUGAGUUUGAAAAGCGUAGAAAUGAACCAGUGAAAUACCAGAGAGAGUUGUGGAACAAGACUGUUGAUGCAAUGAAGAGAGUGGAGGAAAUAAAGCAAAAACGCCAAGCCAGAUUUAUUAUGAACAGAUUAAAGAAGAGCAAAGAGUUGCAGAAAGCAGAAGACAUCAAAGAAGUCAAACAGAACAUCCACCUUCUUCGUGCCCCACAUGCAGGCACACCAAAACAGCUGGAGGACAAAAUGGUACAGAAGUUACAAGAGGAUGUGGCUAUGGAAGAAGACUCUUAAAAUGCUUUUAUUUUCUAUUUAUAUUUCUUCAGCAGUUAUAGUUCCUUACUGCCUCACCUGACAUCAUUUAGAACUGUGCUUACAGUUGAAGAAAAACAUAUUUUAAUGAAUAGUGGUCAUUUACAGUUUGAAUGAUUUUUGGUUUUAUAAAUAAUAAGAUGGAUACUGCUUGGGCAGUACUUUCAGUCAUGUAAUUUGAGCAAACCUUGUCAGCAGGAAGGAGGAUAAGGCAUAUUGUUUGAGAUACUAUUUUUGGAUAACUUUUCCUUAGUAAUUUAAGGAAUACAAGAUGUUGGUCCUGAGCUUUUCCUGCUUUAUCUGUUGUGCUUUCAUACUGGCAAAAGCAGAUAAAAAUCGAUCUUAAUGGUUACAAGGUGGAGCAGGAUGUAUUCUUUUUUGUCAGUCCAGUGCAGUCCAGACUUAUUUUCACUCUUGUUAUUGGGAAAAUUUUUCAGUUUGUUAUGAAUGCAUGUACUCCUUUUUAAGUCAGCUUCCCCAAGAUUACAUUGCAGUUGACACCUAAGCCUGGCAAAGCUAACAUUGGACAUUCUUCUGUUUGGAAAAUGGUAGAGGUGAUAGCAUGCAGUCUGAAGAUGGACGUGCCAUUCCCCCGACCUACUGAAACUCAAAUCUGACAUAUAAUCGUGCUGACUGAGAUGCUCAAUAAAUCACAUUUUUCACUGUUUUUACCUAAUGCUCAAGAUUAUUUCAAUAGAGAAGAAGAUCGUGUUAAAGCAUUGACAUUUUGCGUACUGUGGUGGGAUUUAUCUUUAUUCACUGUGUCAUCAGUACUGAGAUAAAUACUCUGCUCAGAGAAGCCUUUCAAAGGCCUCUAAAAUAGUAUUUACUUUCUUGUCAGUGCUAGUUAUCCUGAAAAAUCAUAAUUCGUAGUUCUAUUCCAAGCUUCAGUAUGUGCUGUAUCAAGCACUGGAAAACUUCCUCCUGCCUACUACCUACAUGUGUAUUGUGUAGUCAGAAAAGUCACAUUUGAACAUAUGAAAGGGGGCGAUGUGGAGUGCGUGAAAUAAACAGGUAUUGUACUCAGUUUUUCAUCUUGUGAUUUAUUAAUUAUGUUUAGCUAUUUAGAAAACUUUGAGAUAAAAAUAAUUCAAUUCUAGUAAUAAAAAUAUGUAAUUCCUUCAUAUUUUAAUGAAAUUAAAAUUUUGCUAUAGUUUAAAAUUUGCUGAUAAUAGCUGAUAAGUAUUUUAGGUGUACAGUAUUAUUAUUUCCCCUCUAAACUGUAAUAUAAAUAAACAUCUGAAAAGCCUAUGGUAAGUUGACCAGAAAACAUUUCAGUGGGGUAAAAUCACUAAGCUGCUGCAGUAUAAUCCUUGGAUAUAGAGAAAGGAGACCUUCACAGAAUGUUAAUUAGUAUGUCUAUGUGUAGCUGAGCAAGUUGACUCAGUAUUUCAGCUUGGGAAAUGUAUUUCUUGCAUGGCUCAUUUUACCAUAGUAUUUGAUGUCUUUAACCCUUGAAAUAGAAUGCUUUAUCUAAAAAUCUUAUUACCGAUUUUUCUUUUACUGAGUUUUAAAGAUACGGUGUUCAGUGAGUGCCAAGUUUUAAUUUUCUCCAAAAAUAGUAAAGUAAAUCUGCAAAGCAGAGAAAGGUGAUGAAUAAUCCCGUUGGAUGUUAUGCAGUAUUUAUAGACAAUCUUUUACUUCAUAUGAGGUUUUCUUAGUAUUAAAUAAUUUAUAUUACAUUUUAUCCAUAGUUUUUCUGUCUGCAUCUUUAAAUGAACUGCAGUCCUUAACUUCUUUGUGUGCUCUAUAAAAGCGUCUCUAUGGGAUUUUUAACCCUUUCCUAUGAGGGUUUGCAAGUGAAACACUCAUUUUGCAGCAGCUGAGAAGAGCCAUUUGAGGAAUACACUACAACCAUAAAUGCUGAACAUCCUGCCAGUUCUAUGAGUUGCUUAGUCUGUGUACUUCGUUACAGCCUGUGCAAUAGUAUAAUUGCAAGUAAGGGCUAUUUGGAAGUCAGUUCUGAAGUUGUCCAUCAUUGUGCAGGCAUACUGUUUUCCUGAAAAGCAGAGACUUGUUGCCUGCCUUUUGUGUGCCUUGUGAAUACAUAGGAAGUAGUUGAGUUCAAACAUUUGUCAUAAGCACCCGUUCUGAAGGUGCCCUUGUGAUUUUCUUCUUAUCUUUUUUUUUAAUUUUUAUUUAAUUGCUGUGAUGUCCUGUUCUCCUGUCUGUGUCAGCUAGAGCAGGAUGCUGCUGAGACAGCACAUGGUGAGGGGUGAACAGCUGCAGCUGAAGAACACCAUGGGGCUGGUGAUCCUCCAUCCUGCCCGUCUCCGCAUGCAGAGACCUUCCCGAGGAGCUGCUGAGCUGUGGAGGAAUGGGGGGUUUUUCUUUUCUUUUAGGGGGCUCUCUGUCAAACCACAUCUCUAAUAGGAAUUGUUCUUAUUCAAAGACAUUUUGGUGAAGAGAGAUUUUCUUUGCUUGCUUGGGAUGAAAAUUUUCAAUAAGACAAAGCUGACUGGAAAUUCCUUUAAAUUUUUGAUUUUGUUUACAAGACUUGGAAAGAAAAUGUCCAGCUGAGCAGAUGGGGAGCCCUCAUCUGCCUUCUGUCUCUGGCGCUGAGCAACGCCCAGCCUUUUGGGGUGGCAGGACCUGCCAUCAGUUCCCCCUUCAGUAGCAAGUUGGAGAGACGGUAUUUAAUGAGCAGCACAUUGUUACUCAUUAGAGAUCUCUGUUUUCGUGUCAUAUGUGCAUAUCACUGAUCCUGUCUGUGGUGAGAUCUAUUAGGAGUGUGGAGCACAAGGUACCGUGAGUACAGUCUGUUACAAGACUGAUGAUGAUGUGUCCGUUUGAUUUGAUAUUUAAUCAGAAAAAUUAUUUAUUAAUUACUGAUAGUGCUUACUUCCAGUAUACAGCCUGUCUUCCUUGGCAUUUACUAGAUCCAGCAAACUCUUGCUGUUUUGUGUUUGUACUUGAUGUGAUUGGAGGCCUUUCUUCAAAAUAAAGUAUGAUGGGAUCGAUCAGAAUAAA